AGUUCACCUGAGCCAAUGAAAAGCCAACUGCAGAGUGACUCAACCCUCGAGAGACCUGCCAGGCUGAGAAGGUUCCGCUGGAUCGUUCCUGCCCACGGCGAGGUGGAACUGAAGAUCCGCUUCAGCCCCACAGUGCCAGGGCAGUUUGACCAGCUGAGGAACUUUGAGAUCCUGGGCUCAAAGCGCCUGUACCAGUUGCCCUGCAGUGCCACUGCCCUGUACCCCAGCAUCAGCCAGAACCCACGGCUGGUGUUUCCUCGCUGGAGGAAGAGCAAGGAGAAGGAGGACAUCAUCUCCAAGGAAUAUGUCAUGAGCACAAAGCAGUUCCACUUUGGACCGCUGCUUUGUGGCAAGUCAGGAGAGUGACCAUGGUCUUCCAGUGCCACC